CUAGCGGUGUGAUAUCAUCUGUCCAGCCGUCUAUCCACGUGUAACUCGUCGAAAAAGACCAUGGAAACUGAAAGCCAUUGCGAUUUGGUAGAGGUUGCUGAGACUUCGGAUGAAACAAAAAUAACCUUUGUCGAAUUGGGUUUAAGGGCUGAACUAGAAGAAGCUUGCAGGUUGCUGAAAUGGACGGAACCAACCCCUAUUCAAAGAGAGGCGAUACCGUUAGCACUCCAAGGUAGGGAUGUUAUAGGACUUGCUGAGACAGGAUCGGGAAAAACAGGAGCAUUCACUUUGCCAAUGUUAAAUUCAUUACUGGCGCAUCCACAACGAUUGUUUGGCCUUAUAUUAACACCUACCAGAGAAUUGGCUUUUCAGAUUUCUGAACAAAUUGAAGCAUUGGGCUCUUCCAUUGGAGUGAAAUGUGCUGUCAUUGUCGGAGGGAUUGAUAUGAUGAGCCAAUCCCUAAUGCUAGCAAAAAAGCCUCACAUAGUCAUAGCAACCCCUGGCCGGUUGGUAGACCAUUUAGAGAACACCAAGGGUUUCAAUUUGAAAUCUUUAAAAUAUUUGGUCAUGGAUGAAGCUGAUCGAAUUUUGAACAUGGAUUUUGAGCAAGAAGUUGACAAAAUACUGAAAUCUAUUCCUAGAGAAAGAAGAACUCUGCUGUUUUCUGCUACUAUGACAAGCAAAGUACAAAAGCUUCAGAGAGCAUCCCUAGUGAAUCCUGUGAGAGUUCAGAUUUCUUCAAAGUAUCAAACAGUUGACAAGCUUUUGCAAUACUAUGUUUUUAUUCCCCUGAAGAUGAAAGAUGUUUAUUUGGUCCAUCUUCUGAACGAGGCAGCAGGACACUCCGUUAUGGUAUUUUGCUCUACUUGCAGUGGUACGUUACGUACGUCUCUGCUCUUGCGAGCAUUAGGCAUUUCUGCUGUACCUCUACAUGGACAAAUGACCCAAAACAAACGAUUAGCUGCUUUAAAUAAAUUUAAAGCCCGGAACAGAGGUGUUUUACUUGCGACUGAUGUCGCUAGCCGAGGGUUGGAUAUUCCUCAUGUCGAUUGGGUUAUAAACUAUGAUAUUCCUACACAUUCAAAGGAUUACAUACACAGAGUUGGUCGAACAGCAAGAGCUGGCAGGAGUGGGAAAGCCAUAUCUUUUGUCACUCAGUAUGAUGUAGAACUCUAUCAACGUAUUGAACAUUUACUUGGUAAAAAGCUGCCAUUGUAUGGUUUGGAAGAGAGUGAUGUAAUGAGUCUCCAGGAGCGGGUUGCAGAAGCACAGCGCGUAGCAAAGAUGGAUCUGCGAGAAUUGGAAGACAAAGGUCAAGGCGGUGUACGAGGAGGCAGGAAAAAGAAAACAUUUGAUGAUGGAAACGAUGAUACAGAAAUGUCUAGUGGCGUCCGUAAGAGAGUUCGUAAUUCAGGAUCAAGUGGAAGGAAAAGAUAAAAUGUAUGUAAAAUUCCAGGAAAUACAUUUUUUUUACAGUU